AUGUCUAACUUCUUCCGAUUCCCGGUCCUCCUUCAGAUAAUGCAGAUAUGCUGGAUCAUGAUGAGCGCAGAGGGUUCUUCUGACCGCUCAAAGCCGAUUCGACGAGUGGUUUUUGCAUCGGAUGUUCAGAUCAAAGCCAUUCGUCCGUGGUCUCCAGCAACUCACAAUACUGAAGGGUUGAACUUUCCAGGAUCCCCGAGGCGUUCAACAGUGGAUCAAGAGAGCUCUUUAAUCUGCAGCGGAGAUUCACUCGUUCUACAGUUUUCUAUCCCUCGGAGCUUCCCUCAAAUCCCCAAAGUUGAGGAACAAGAAGCCGGAGAUGAAGAUUUGAAUGAUCGAUUUACCUUAUAUCUAAAACCAAGCGGCACUCAAUUUCUGCACCCUAACGCAACGAUCACCUAUCAAUCCAACAAUGGAAGUUCCGCAAAUUCGAACCAACAGUUUGCAACCACCAAGCCAAUCAUUGCAGAUGAAGUGCUAGCCUAUUCUGGCACAGCAAUUUCAGAAGAUGAAAUGAUAUCUCUGGAAGGCAACCAUAUGGACCGGUUUAACAACUGGGCCAAUAUCUUGAUCCAUCAUCCCUACGGCACAAAAUGUGUGAAGAAUUCUGAUGAUCUGAUUCUGGAGGGUGCAUUUCAAGUCAAUGGGCGUCUUUGGCACAUAAAAGCAUUCGAUUCUUACCAGAAAGUGAGAGGCCCGCAUGAUUCUGAGCUGGACACGUUGAGCUCCGACGACAAAUUGCACUCCACAUUGGUAGUUUGGAACAAUUCAGAUGAUUGGGGAACUAGUGGCAAACACGAGAAUUUCCAACAACAAGACUUCCAGGAUGAUGAGUCUUUGAGUAGGGUGAUCAACAAUUCCACGAAGGCCUCUUCUCUUCAAAUGACAUAUACCGAGAGUUCGACUCAACACUUUCUCCAGAAGCGACAAACGAUGACCAGUGACAUAGCUGGAUUGACUGGAGACAAAGUUGAUUAUGCGCGUACGAUUGGCUCGACUGAUGGAUGUCCGCAGAGUCCAAAGAUGAGGACCUUUAAUAUCUCUUUGGGCAUAGUCGAGAUUAAUAUACCCUCUGAAUCGACUUGCCCUUCUCAGCCUUCGUCCGAUCGGCCUUGGAACAUCGAUUGUCCUGACGCUUCAUCACAGGGCCUCGAUAUUAAUGGACGUUUGAACAAAUUCAGUAAAUGGAGGUCUGAUAAAGGGGGCUCUGAUGGCGCUGGAUUAUGGCAUUUGCUGACAGAUUGUCCGAGUGGAAGUCAAGUAGGGGUUUCUUGGCUUGGGGCGCUAUGUAAAGUGAAUGCGGAGCAGGGUGUCAAUGGUGGAACGACUAGUGGGACUGGGGUCACCGCUUCAACACCCAAUGAAUGGGAGACUAUGGCUCAUGAAAUCGGUCACAACUUUGGAGCGGUUCAUGAUUGCACAUCCGGAUGUAGUAUGGGAGAUUCAUGUUGCCCGGCCUCGACCUCAAGCUGUAACAAUGACGAUCAAAACAUCAUGGCUCCUUCAAGCACAAGUGGCUCAACCAGCUCUUUUUCCGCUUGCUCUAUAGGCAACAUUUGUAGUGCUCUGAAGCCAGGGAACAGUCAGAGGAUGGAUUCAAGUUGUGUCAGCGAGCUUGCACAACAUUACACAAUCGCACUCAAUCAAUGUGGUAAUGGGAUCCUCGAACCUGGCGAAGACUGUGAUCCCGGUCAAUUUGCUUCUCCGUGCUGCCAGUGGGGCGUCUGCAAAUUCUCGCCUGGUUCGUCUGAUUUAUCUCCUCAUACAAGUAUCUCAUAG